UCUGCUGUGGUUUCUGCUCCAAACAACAACAAUAACAAUUAUCAUCUGAUGGGCGUAUCCAAGGUCAGUAGAUGAUGAACAAGAAUAUGAACUCACCAACGAAACUUACGGAGUUCGCUCCAUUGAGUCCCGAAGAGGGUCCGCCCGUUGUUGCCUCGAUAUUUUCCAAGAUCUUCAGCUUCGCCAAGAGUUCACCUCCGAGCAACAGUCAGCCAACCUCCCCGAGCAAAGAGGAACCAAGUCCAGUACCAAGUGCUGACACUUGGAAGCAGCCCGAGAGCAAUAAAAAAUCUCCUAUGGAUGAUAAUACCAGUAUGAUGAGUUAUUCUCUCGAUGCAAGUGAAGGCCGUAGUCUGCCCAAUGUAUUAAAGCGUAUUAGUAAUAUUGUAGCUUCAAAAAGUAAUAACCUUCAAUCUUACAAAGAUUCGCAAUUGAGGAGUUACUGGAUGCCUGACAGUGUAAGCAAGCAGUGCUACGAGUGCGGAGAAAGAUUCACGACGUUCAGGAGACGUCACCACUGUAGAGUGUGUGGCCAAAUUUUUUGUUCAAAAUGUUGUUCCGAUGAGAUUCCAGGAAAGAUUAUGGGCUGCACUGGUGACUUGAGAGUUUGCACUUACUGCUGCAAAGUCGUUCUAUCUUAUCUACAAUCAUCGGACAUGAGAAGUGACCUCUCUGCAGACUUGAAAGCUCUGCAAGAAGACCUCGAAGAAAAAUACGGCAGCAAUUCACCACCGAUAUCGAGAAAAAACACCAACGAAAUAGCUGAGAGCGAAAAUAGUGUGCACCGAAAACCAAGUGUCGGUUACAUGGAAGAAAAGUACGCGUUCAGACGACCGACGCAGAAUUACCUGACAGCUCAAGAGCGCACUUUAGCGUUGCAAAACUCGGCCUCCCUGAGGAUGAUUUACGAGGAAUUGUUCAGAUCGAAUCAGGCGAUUAUCUUGCAGACCCAUAGAAUAAGGUUGAAUCGGUAUUACAAUUGUUUUUUGGGUAACGAGCUUGUCAAUUGGAUGAUUACUCAUAACAAGGCUGCUACAAGAGUUCAAGCAACUGCCAUCGGACAAGCUUUGUUUCAAGCCAGCUUCAUCGAGCCAGUGUUGCUAGACAAUUCUUUCAGUGAUUCAUCCGCGCUGUUCAAACCAGCAAAACUGUCUAGAGUACAGAACAAAGAUUUCCUAGUUGAAAAUCAAGCUUCUUGCGACGCUCAAGAGCCCGCAUGGGUUAAAACCAUUCCUCAGCAUGACUCGACCACAGAUUCUGAAAGUGAGAGCAAACAAUCGCCCCAAUCAUCCGGCCGAGUACCAUCCUCCAGUUCGAGUUACUAUCUAGAUUUGAACUUGGAGGCUUCCACUGUCACUUUGAAAAAACCCACAUCCGAGGAUUUAACAUCUUCCGUUGGUGAGGUUUGUAAUACGACGGUCGAGCACAAAGAAGUGAAUUUUCAAUCCCAGGAAAAUAAUUGCAACGUACCGGAUGAUCUCCUCAACGACAAGCUAUUGGUUCAGGAUGUUAAGGAGAAGGAAGGAUGGCACCGAGUCUCAAAUUUGAAAAACGCUUUUGGGGAGUCAACUGUUUACGACACGUUAACAUCUGCAUACAAGCAGCACAAAGACUCGCUUCUCAAGCAACUACUCAAUAAAGAAGGCUUAUCUCAAAAUUGGUCGAAAGUCGUGCUCCAAGUGGCUCAUCAAAUAGUGGACCACGUAAGGCCUGAUCUUCAUCACGAUACCGACGACAUGGACAUCAGGCAGUACGUUCAGAUCAAAAAGUCACCUGGUGGCAGUAAAAACGACUGCGAAAUUGUAUCUGGUGUUGUGUGCAGUAAAAACGUAGCUCACAAAGGAAUGAACGCGAUGAUAGCGAAUCCAAAAAUUUUGUUGCUCCGGUGUGGCCUGAUGUACCAGAGGGUCGAGAGGAAGUUACUUAGUUUGGAGCCUGUGAUGCUACAGGAAAGUGAGUAUUUAGGCCACGCAGUAGCGAGGAUCAACGCACUGGGUCCCGACAUAGUUCUGGUGCAUCGAUCAGUCUCCAGAUUAGCCCAAGACAAACUCAGAGAGUGUGGCAUUACCUUGGUGCUGAACGUCAAGCUGAGCAUCCUCGAGAGACUGGCAAGAUGUACCGGCGCGAGCAUUGUCGACACUAUCGAUGCUCACAUAAACGCCAGGUAUCGACUCGGAGUGUGCAAAAAGUUUUACCUAAGGAAUUUCCCCAGCGAAAAAACUGGGAUAAAAACGCUAAUGUACUUCGAAGGCUGUGCAAAUCCACAUCUCGGCGCUACCAUCUUGCUACGCGGUGCUUCUCAAAACGAGCUCCGUAAAGUCAAGAAUGUGGCGUCGGUGAUGAUUUUCGCGGCGUACUCCUGUCGCCUGGAGAAAUCGUUCCUGAUGGACGAGUUUGCAAAGCCACCCUCGUCAAUGGAUAACUCUUUUCAAGAGGAGACUUCGCGCAAUGGGUCGCCCAGUAAAACCAAAGAAUUAACCAUCAAUGGCCAAAGAAUCGAAGAGGAGAAGGAGAGUAUUUCUGACCAGUUGAAGAAACAGUCGGAUGAUGACGAAGUCAUUAGCUCGAACGACAGUCGAAUUUUUGAAAGCCAAGAGCCUAAGCUUAAUUACAGUACACCAAGAGGUAGCGUCGAUAAGGAAAAAAGCACCGAAAUUCCAGGCGAAGAUGACGAUUUCGAUCAGGUCUCUACCUUGCUUAUGAACACCGCGAGUUCUUACGACACUUUGAAACUAUUUAAAAGCAAGUCCAAGUCUUCUCUGGAGGAAUCGAAAGUCUUGAAAGAAAAAUUGAAAAAAAAAAAAAAAAAAAAUUCACAGGUAACUCUUUCUACGAACGCUGAAGCAAGCGAAGUCGCUGAAGAGCACGACACCUCAUUCGACCUGUUCAGAAACUCGGCGUCAGAUCCAAGUAGCGAAGAUCGCGCCGAGAAAUUAAAGUCUACCAGCAGUUUCAGCAAAGAAAUACCGGAGCAAGAAAAACGCUCUGUUCACGGCGAAUCGGUGAGCGACAAGAGCGACCCGUUACACCAGUACCUAAACGAGGACGAGGACGAAGUGUUCGACGAACUAAGUCCGAGCGGGCAAUGUCUGAGUGUUGCCGAUCUUCCCUUAUUGAACAAAUUCAAAAAAGCCCUUGAAGGCACGAUACUGAGCGUCUCGCCGUACUUGAAAUUCUCGAUUCCCUACCUGGAAACUGAACCCGGCAGAAACUGCGUACUGAGAAGCUUCUUUCCCAAAGAGCUGUAUUACUCCGCAUUGAUGUCCACCACGUUGGAAGGUACGGACAAGUGUGUCGCUUUCACUCUCUUGAUUUCUAAGAAUCUCUUUUUUUUCCCUUUAGGAACGAAAUCGAGCAACAGCAAUGCCACGGGAGAAUUGUCGCAGUACGAAAACUCGCAGAAAAAGAUCAAAUUCAAACCAGCUCACGAAUUCAUCGAGGCAAAAUUGACGAGCAGUGCGGACAGUCGCGAAGUACAAUCGUUGGUUGCUCUCUAUCGCGCUGACGGUUGUCGCCUCGAUCACGAGAUCAAAGCACCAGCGUCGAGCGAUAAACGCCAGUUCUCUGACCAAAGUGAAUCAGUGGAGCAGCCCCAGCAGUGGCCUGAUUGCCUCGAUCCGGCCAACCACCAGAGAUUGUCGGUGCUGUUUUGCAGUUUUUUGUGCAGCACCACAACUAACAGCGCACCAGCCUUCUGCGUGAACCCAUGGGUAGUGAACAUGGACUUGUACGGUCGCAACGAUAUAGCACUCGGUCGUUUCCUGGAGCGCUACUGUCUGACCACGGAGUACAAGUGCCCGGCUCAAGAUUGCAAGGCCCUGGUUGACCAGCACGUACGUCGCUUCGUUCACGACGGUGGUUGCGUACACAUCAGCCUCUGCCAAAUGAGCGACAACCCGUUCGCCAACCCCGGUCAGGAAAACUCACAGCAGAUAUUCAUGUGGAGCAAGUGCAGAAAGUGCAAAAGCGUCUCGCCCGUCGUUCCGAUCUCCGACGAUACCUGGUCCUUGUCCUUUGCCAAGUAUCUCGAGCUUCGUUUUCACGGUGGGGUGUACACCCGUCGCGGCACCGACACCUGCCAGCAUUCCCUUCACUACGAUCAGCACCAGUACUUUUGCAAACGCAACAUGCUCGCUGUCAUGAGCUACAGCAGGAUAUCGCAGUGGGAGAUAUCACUGCCUCCGCCGCUCAUUGAGAUCAUCUACGACUCGAGGUUUUACGCCAACGUCGUGGACGACAUCAAGAGUCUGGCUCUGAAAGGAGACGAGGUGUUUUCGAGUGUUAAGGAGAAGCUCAGCUGCCUGCAAGUGGACGAGGGCUUGACGAGCGCCAUGAAGGUUCAGCUUGUCAAGGACCAGCAGUACUUCAAGACCAAAAUGGAGGAACUGCAGCUCAAGUUGACCUCGCCUACUUUGGAGAAUAAGAGAGCGCAGGGGAAACACUCGGAGAAACACGUGCAAACUUUGAUGUACCGAAUCGAGGAUAACAUCGUUAUUAUACAGCGUUUGAUAUCCGAGACAGUGUUCAAUUGGAAUGCAAAACUGGCGGAAGCGAUGGCCAAGAAGAAGGAUGAAAAGCAGAGCCGCAACAAAUUGAUCGACCGAUCUAUUCUCACAACAGUAGCGACAACAACGACGAGCUCCGUGACAACAACUACGACAACAAUAGUCGGUAUUCCCUUAGAGGCCGACGAUUACAUCACCGAAGACACAGCCUCGGAGUCACAGCUCGAGGACCUGAGCCCGGUAUCAGCAGAUUACAAUGCCGUUGAAGCGAUUGCGGCUCUGCAGGCUGCCGAGAGCCAGGCAGAAUUUGUCGAAAACUCAGACACGGAACAACCAGAGCCUUUGCAAGCCAAUCUCGAGGAUACAGCGAUCGUUCAAGGUUCACCAAAGGCUCAUCAAAGAACGUUCUCCGACGCUACAAUUUCAUCGACGGCAUUAACAACGGAGGAUGCACCUGACAAGAAAAAAAAGAAGAAAACGAUUCUGUCGCAGUUGCUGACCUCCACUGUCUCCAACAACGUCAUUGAAGAUCCAUUCGAUUCCUCGGAACAUCACUUGUUGCCACUUGGGUCGGUAGUACCCAUAGUCGUUUAUGAAAGGGAGCCAUCGUCGAUAAUAGCUUACGCCCUCGAUUCGCACGAUUACAAGCAUGCACUACAAGAGCAGUUGCGUACGAUGAAGGGCCCAGAGAUGAAUCCAAGUCCACUCAACAGACGCAAGUUGCAGGAUACGAAGGAGAACAACACCGAGGCUAAUCAACCUGUUGAACUCAAGAGGCCGUCGGUGUUGUCGUUCUUGCGCGGCAACAGUCCGAAUCCAAACACCCUGUCCAGCCCGGUGGAGCCUGAAAAAUCUAUUCCUCCAGCGGAAGGAUCCAUUACCGUAGCAUCUGGUAGUUUGGAGACGGAAGACGAAAAGAAAGCCUCGAAGCAGCAGCAGCAGCAAAAUUACAUCGAAGUGCAGUUCACGGACUCGACCAGCAAUUUUUACUGCAGGAUAUACUUCGCGGCGCAGUUUGCUGCCCUGAGAGAAUGCGUUUUACCUUGCGGCGAGGAUGGCUACACCAGAAGUCUCAGCCGGAGUAUAUUGUGGGCGGCUCGUGGUGGCAAGAGCGGUAGUGCGUUUAGUAAAACGCAAGACGACAGAUUUGUCCUGAAAGAGAUGACGCGCGUCGAUCUGCAAAUUUUCCUCGAUUUCGCGCCCAACUAUUUCGCUUACAUGGAGAAGUGUCAGCAAACCAAGCAGCCAACGCUUUUGGGAAAAAUAGUCGGGAUUUAUCGGGUGUCGUUUAAAAAUAAUGCGACUGGCAACGCACUGCGAACGAGCGUGCUUGUGAUGGAAAAUUUGUUCUACAACCGAACCAUCACCGGUAAAUUCGAUCUGAAAGGCUCGGUUAGAAACAGACACGUCAACCCGGACGAAAUCGAUCACGAGGGCGAGCUUGUUUUGCUGGACGAAAAUUUACUGAAUAUGAGUUGUGACUCUCCGUUGUACGUGAGGCCACACGCCAAAGCCGUUCUGACGAAGGCUAUUGAAGAAGACACUAAAUUUUUGGCUGACAACUGCGUAAUGGACUAUUCACUGCUCGUAGGCCUUGAGCCGAAUUCGGACGAACUUGUAUUAGGCAUAAUUGAUUAUCUGCGAACCUUCACGUGGGACAAGAGACUUGAAACGUUUGUGAAAAAAUCCGGAAUUCUCGGUGGUCAGGGAAAAUUACCAACCAUCGUAUCGCCUGUAGAGUAUCGCGUUCGUUUCAUUGCAGCGAUGCACAAGUACUUCCUACCGGUACCGGACAGAUGGACGGGUCUCAAUCGUGGCGUCAUCGCAACUUCGUAGGACGGAUCAAAGUCAGUACUAUCCAUUCAUGACAAAUUUUGAAAACGAGCCAGACAAUUAUUUUGAAAAUUUGUUCUGUUAGUGAAAUUUUUGUUGUUGAUUCAAUUGACUUGUAUGGCUAGUAUUGACUUGAACACUCAAAAGCUUCCUAUUUUAAGCUGCAGGUCUGUGAUUAUUAAAUUAUUUUUUUGUUAUCGUUAUGUCUGUUACCAUUUUUGUUAAUAAAAUAAACAAGAUGAUCUUCGUAGACGAAUAAUAUGAAAAGAUAACUAUAAAGCAAUUUUUAUGAUCAAAUAAGUUAGUCAAUUUUUAAUAUCAUAUUUUAUAAACCGUAUUACUAACUUACAAUUUUUUACUUGUUUAACUAUCAUAUUGUGUCGCAUUGGCAUAUGGAUUUAUGAUAAUAAAAGUAAUAACCAACACUUGAACUGGAGGCCAUUAAAAUACACACUUUCUCCACUACUAUAUUUUUAGAUCAUAAAUAAUGAAAAAUCCAAAGUAUAGUGCGAAAAUUGUAUUUAUACAAUUUAAUAAAUGUGACGUUUCCUUAAAAUAAUAAAACUUGGGGAUGAUAAACUUUUGUGCCCAAAAAUAAAUGUUAUUAUAUAAUACCGAUAUAUUACCGAUUAUUGGAACAACG